CGCACUCGCGAACGCACGCGUGUUUCGUAAACCCAUGUCAUCGCGAUGGAUGUGUUACCUAGUGGGAACCUAUUUCGUGAGCUCCAGGAUGUCACCGACACUGGCUAUUUCGAGUGGAAACUGUCCCUAGAAGACUACUGGCAGCAGACAUGCUACGAAAUGGAGAGGUACCUCCGCGAGGAGCCACGCAGCAAACGCCGCUCCGAAGAGGAGUGGGCAAGGUCCCCCGUCUCCCCCCCUUCGCCCCCUCCGCUGUUCGUGGCCGCGGUGAAGAGUGAGCCGCCCAGCGACACAGAGGAGAAAGGUCCGCCACCCCUCGAGGAGAUCCGAGGUUGGACUCUGGCCUCCCCGCUGCCACCACUUCUCUUCCCACUUCCCGAGAAAUGCGAGCCACUAAGUGACACGGAGGACUCGAAAGGCACAAUACAACCUGACUGGUCGGUGGCAUCACCGUCGCCGACACCACCAGCGCUGUUCACCGUCACUGCCGUCAAGGACGAACCUCCCAGCGAUUCGGACGAGCCUAGAGGUUCGAUAUCCCGGAAAAGCAGUUGGGGCAAAAAAGACUGGACGUUAUCUGCGUCGCCGCCGCGGCCCGAGCUGUUCGCCGCGAGCGUCAAGGAGGAGCCCAGUGACUCGGACGAGGCCAAAGGUUCAAUCCGGAAAACCGGAUGGGCAGACUGGACGAUAUCGCCGUCGCCGACUCGGCCCGCUCUGUUCACGGCGCCCGCUGCAAAGGACGAGCCAAUCAGCGACUCGGAUGAAGCUAGAGAGCCGAGCCCGCCCCGCCGACACGCGCCCCGCCACCACUCGCACGCCGACCCGCGCCGCCGCGUCCACCGAUGCGAGUUCCCCGCCUGCGACAAGGUGUACACCAGGAGCUCGCAUCUGAAGGCCCACAAACGGACACACACAAGUACAGUAGCCCAAUUAUGGACACUGGCUCAUAGUAGCCGAUCCGUUCCCUGCCUGCGACAAGAUGUACACCAGAGCUCGCAUCUGAAGGCCCACAAACGGACACACACAGGUGAAAAACCCUACAAGUGUUCAUGGGACGGCUGCGAAUGGCGUUUCGCGCGCUCGGACGAGCUCACCCGGCACUAUCGCAAGCACACGGGCGCCAAGCCUUUCCGCUGCCGCCACUGCGAGCGCUGCUUCAGCCGCUCCGACCACCUCGCGCUGCACGCCAAGCGACACGCGUAGCCCGUCAACAACAAGCCAAUCAGGACGCAGGACACGUAGGUAGCUCCUCUCCGAUUGGCCGAGCGGGCAAGCCGAGCCGAGCGCUUGUGAUUGAUUGAGGAAUUGAUCGCGGGCCGAACCAAAGAUUGCUACGCUGUUAUAGUCACUCAGAUUAUGCUUUAAAUUUUUUUCGUUUUUGUAAUCUCUUCCGGCUUGGUUGCCGUUUAGCUUAUGCCGCCAAGCGGUGAGUGCCAUCGUUGGGCGGGGGUGCGAGGCUUUAUUUUGUCAACUACCAAAAUAAGGAUUUGUUUCGUCAGUUUGUAUAAGGGCGUCCGCUGGCGCGGGUGCACGGAGCGGGUGAGCGGGUUAACGAAAAUUUAUGGGCAACGCUAGAUGGCGCGGACGCGUGCGACGGAUGAUACGUACACUAGACAGCUAGCGGACGCCCUAAAGCCUACUUCACACGGAGCAGAGGAUGACUAGUUGUCAACUGCGAUGCGACAAAACGCGUUGGCGCGCGUAUUUAAAUGACUCUCACACGACGCA